AGGAAGAAUUAUUGGCAGAGGAAACAGGAUAAUAAUAUUUUAAAAAAAAGAGAGAGAAAGAUGGAAGAACAAUCUCAACAGAGGGAGGGAGAGGGAGUUGAGUCUUGUCCACAGUCAGCUAUGGCACGCGAGUCUUCACUUCUAAGCCAAAGAUUAUUGGGGAAAGUGGCAUUGGUCACUGGUGGAGCCAUUGGUAUUGGAGAGAGCAUUGUGCAGCUAUUCCACAAACAUGGUGCAAAGGUUUGUAUAGCUGACGUGCAGGACGACCUUGGCCAGCAUGUAUGUGAUGCCCUGGGUGGUGAGCCAAACACAUGUUAUGUGCAUUGCGAUGUCACCAAAGAAGACGGUGUUUGCCAUGCAGUGGACUUCACUGUCAGUAAAUUUGGCACACUUGAUAUCAUGGUCAACAAUGCUGGUUUAUUAGGCUCACAAUGUCCUGAUAUCCGCAACGCAGACAUGUCAGAAUUCGAGAAGAUAUUUGAUGUAAACGUGAAGGGAGUUUUCCUUGGAAUGAAACAUGCAGCUCGGAUAAUGAUCCCACUAAAGAAGGGCUCAAUAAUCUCUCUGUGCAGUGUAUCAAGUGCCAUAGGGGCUGUAGGUCCACAUGCCUACACAGGGUCCAAGCAUGCUGUUUUGGGGCUCACCAAGAAUGUUGCAGCUGAGUUGGGGCAAUAUGGGAUUCGUGUCAACUGUGUUUCGCCUUACGGGAUUCCGACAGGGUUGGCUUUAAGCUACUUGCCGGAGGAGGAGAGAACUAAUGAGGAUGCCAUUGCCGGUUUUCGUGCUUUUGUCGGGAUGAAUGCUAACUUGCAGGGGGUGGAAUUGACUGCUGAUGAUGUGGCUAAUGCCGUGCUCUUCUUAGCAAGUGAGGAAGCAAGGUAUGUAAGUGGGGCUAAUCUAAUGGUUGAUGGGGGUUUCACUUGCACAAAUCACUCACUUCGGGUCUUUAGAUGAUCAGAUAUGUACUCAUAUACUAUCCAAAUGUGAAUAAGUGGGAUAUGUACUCAGCUAGUGCCCACAUUAACAUCCUCCUCAACAAGUGGGAAAAAUUAUUAUCACUCAUAUACUAUUUCUAAGACAAUGUAGCAUCUACCUUGGCAUCUCCCUCGGUAUGAUACUUACAAUUAAGAUCGAAAACAGGUUGAAAUGUUAUUUACUAAACAUUCUUCUGAAUCA